CCGCCAUUGCCCCUAUAUAUUGCGAACCGUUGACGUCAGCGGUCUCUUCCGCCUGUUUGUCUGCUGUGAGGCAGACUGUCCGUAUCGGCCUAAGCCCGUCCCGUGAAGAGAAUCCACCGCCAUCUGCCACAAUGGUGAACUUCACGGUAGACCAGAUUCGUUCCAUCAUGGACAAGAAGGCGAACAUUCGUAAUAUGUCGGUCAUUGCCCAUGUGGACCACGGUAAAUCUACUCUGACUGACUCACUGGUAUGCAAGGCUGGUAUCAUUGCUUCUGCUAGGGCUGGUGAGACUCGUUUUACAGAUACCAGAAAAGAUGAACAAGAGAGAUGUAUCACCAUCAAAUCAACAGCAAUCUCUCUCUUCUAUGAGCUCUCUGAGAACGAUUUGGCUUUUAUCAAGCAAAGCAAAGAUGGGUGUGGCUUCCUUAUAAACUUGAUUGACUCCCCUGGCCAUGUAGACUUUUCCUCUGAAGUAACUGCUGCUCUUCGUGUCACAGAUGGUGCCUUAGUUGUAGUGGACUGUGUUUCAGGCGUCUGUGUGCAGACUGAAACCGUGCUUCGUCAAGCCAUUGCAGAGCGCAUCCGCCCUGUGUUGAUGAUGAACAAAAUGGAUCGUGCUCUUUUGGAGCUGCAGUUGGAACCAGAGGAGCUCUACCAAACUUUUCAGCGCAUUGUGGAGAAUGUUAAUGUGAUUAUUUCCACCUACGGUGAAGGAGAGACUGGACCCAUGGGAAAUAUCAUGAUUGACCCUGUUCUUGGCACAGUUGGUUUUGGCUCUGGUCUGCAUGGCUGGGCUUUCACACUAAAACAGUUUGCAGAGAUGUAUGUCGCAAAAUUUGCAGCAAAGGGGGAAGGUCAGUUGGCUCCUGCAGAACGGGCCAAAAAAGUGGAGGACAUGAUGAAGAAGCUGUGGGGUGAUAGGUAUUUUGACCCUGCAAAUGGAAAGUUCAGCAAGUCUGCAACAAACGCUGAUGGCAAAAAACUUCCUAGAACCUUCUGCCAGCUUGUAUUGGAUCCAAUUUUCAAGGUAUUUGAUGCAAUCAUGAAUUUUAAGAAAGAAGAAACUGCCAAAUUGGUCGAGAAACUAGACAUCAAACUUGACAGUGAGGACAAAGACAAAGAGGGAAAACAGUUGCUUAAGGCUGUUAUGAGACGCUGGCUCCCAGCUGGAGAGGCUCUUCUGCAGAUGAUUACCAUCCACUUGCCCUCACCAGUGACUGCUCAGAAAUACCGUUGUGAGCUGUUGUAUGAGGGUCCCCCAGAUGAUGAAGCUGCCAUGGGUAUCAAGAACUGUGACCCCAAAGGCCCUCUUAUGAUGUACAUCUCAAAAAUGGUGCCCACCACUGACAAGGGUAGAUUUUAUGCCUUUGGAAGAGUUUUCUCAGGUGUAGUCUCCACUGGCCUCAAAGUCAGGAUAAUGGGACCAAACUUCACUCCAGGCAAGAAGGAGGACCUUUACCUAAAACCCAUUCAGAGGACCAUUCUGAUGAUGGGAAGAUAUGUGGAACCCAUUGAGGAUGUGCCAUGUGGAAACAUUGUUGGUUUAGUUGGAGUAGAUCAGUUCCUGGUUAAGACUGGAACAAUCACUACCUUUGAACAUUCACAUAACAUGCGUGUUAUGAAGUUUAGUGUCAGCCCUGUUGUGCGUGUUGCUGUGGAAGCAAAGAAUCCUGCUGAUCUCCCUAAGUUGGUUGAGGGUCUGAAACGUCUAGCUAAAUCAGACCCCAUGGUUCAGUGCAUCAUUGAAGAAUCUGGCGAGCAUAUCAUUGCUGGAGCUGGGGAGCUGCAUUUGGAGAUUUGCCUGAAGGAUCUUGAGGAGGAUCAUGCCUGCAUUCCAAUAAAGAAAUCUGAUCCAGUCGUAUCUUACCGUGAGACUGUGAGCGAGGAGUCCAACCAGAUGUGCCUGUCAAAGUCUCCUAACAAGCACAACCGUCUGUUUAUGAAGUGUCGACCUUUUCCUGAUGGUCUUGCUGAAGACAUUGAUAAAGGUGAUGUAUCUGCUCGCCAGGAGUUGAAGACUCGUGCCCGCUACUUGGCUGAAAAGUACGAAUGGGAUGUGACUGAAGCUAGGAAGAUUUGGUGUUUUGGUCCUGAUGGCUCUGGGCCCAACAUACUUACUGAUGUUACUAAGGGAGUUCAGUAUCUGAAUGAAAUCAAAGACAGCGUUGUUGCAGGAUUCCAGUGGGCUACAAAGGAGGGUGUCCUGUGUGAAGAAAAUUUGAGAGGUGUUCGUUUUGAUGUCCAUGAUGUAACACUUCAUGCUGAUGCCAUCCAUAGAGGAGGAGGACAGAUCAUUCCAACUGCACGCCGCGUCUUGUAUGCUUGUGUGUUGACUGCUCAGCCACGUCUGAUGGAACCAAUCUACCUUGUUGAAAUUCAGUGCCCUGAGCAGGUGGUAGGAGGUAUCUAUGGUGUCUUGAACAGAAAGCGUGGGCAUGUCUUUGAAGAAUCCCAGGUGGCUGGAACACCAAUGUUUGUGGUUAAGGCAUACCUGCCUGUAAAUGAGUCAUUUGGUUUCACUGCUGACUUAAGAUCAAACACUGGUGGCCAGGCCUUCCCUCAGUGUGUGUUUGACCACUGGCAAAUUCUACCUGGAGAUCCUUUCGAUAACACCACCAGGCCUUUCCAAGUGGUGGCAGAGACCCGGAAGAGGAAGGGCUUGAAAGAGGGUGUUCAAGCCUUGGAUAACUUCCUUGACAAGCUGUAAACCUUUGCUUUACUCCUGUCAGCAUUGAUUAAGUGGAAAUGAACUAUACCCAAAAGAUGUCAGCAUUCCCUGCAACAUUCUGUUGGAACCCUGAAUAUAAUCUUUCAUUGGCAUGAUCAUAACUUUCUAUUUAUUCUUGAUGGGUAGCUUCUGCUCUCUGAAAACAUCUUGGAUGGCUGGGGAAGUAAAUGUGAAUUUGAGGGUUGACAGGAACGAGGGCAGAAUGUAGAGCAAAGAUGUACUGCAAUAACCUUGAAUGACUUAUUGGUGCCAUUAAAAAAAUUUAAUUGA